UAAUAAUAAUAAUAAUAAUAAUAAUAAUAAUAAUAAUUUAAUAUGUCAUCACCAUUGUCUACUAGCGAUAGUCAAUCUCCUCCUUCUAAUCUUCCUCCUCGAGUUAAUUCGAAAGUUUUGGCUUGUAAAUGGGAUGGCUGUUCAGAAACUUUUAUAAUUCUAAAAGACUUGGUAUCUCAUUUACAUGAUGAUCACGUAGGAAGAAAAAAAGCUAAUUAUACUUGUGAAUGGGCCAGUUGUCCUAGAAAAGGUGCUACUCAAACUUCUCGAUUCGCUUUAAUUACUCAUUUAAGAAGUCAUACCGGUGAAAAACCUUAUGAUUGUAAAGUACCAGGUUGUGAAAAAAGCUUUACGCGACCUGACUCGCUUACAAAGCAUAUGAAAAGUCAACACACUGAACCACGUAAAAAACGAAGUAGUAUGGAAGAACCUCAAAGAACGAAUAAAAAACGAAAAAUGUCAACUUCACCUGAAGAUGAAGAGGAUUCUCAAACUUCUCUUAGGUUAACCCCAAAUCGUUCUUUAUCAAGACAAUCCUCAAAUAAUCAUAAUAAUCAUAAUAAUAACAGUAAUAAUAGUUCUCCUUCAAGAUCAAAACAACAACAACAAGCAUUAAGACAUUCGUUAGAAAGACAAAGACAAAAUCAACAAAAUUCUUCUUUAAGACAUCAACAACCUUCAGAAAAUACUAUUAAUCAAAAUCGUAAUUAUACCUCGGAUGAUGAUUCUUCUUUAUCUGAUCCAACAAAUUCUUCUUCUUCUUCUGUUAAUAAUAAUAAUAAUAACAACAAUAACAAUAACAAUAAUAAUAACACUAAUAACAUUAAUAAUAGUGAGGAUUCACAACAAAAAUCUUUUUAUGAGAAAUAUCUAGUUCUUAAAGCUAAACAUAGAUAUAUUAGAAGAGAAAAUGAAUUGUUAUCAGAUGAAUAUCAAGUAAUUAAAAAGAAAUUGAAAAGAUUAAAAACCGAAAAGGACAUUUUAUUAGAUGCUGUUAUGCAACAAAAUGGUGUUGAUGAGAAUGGUGGUGAUGGUGACGCUGAUAUAUAAAUAUCUAUCUAUAUAAAUUUGAGAAAAAUCUUAUAUUUUUUUUUUCUUUUUUUUUUUUUUUUUUUUUUU